UACGUGUCGAGCGGAGAAGGCGCGUUCUUGUCAGCAACGUGGCUGUCGACGUCCUCAAUUGAAUUUCCCACCCGUUCCGUAAGCCACGCACUCCUUCCUUCCUCCCAUGCCUAACAAACCAACCAUUACAACAAAAGCCAUUUUUUUCUCUUUUGGAGCUCAUUUUCUAACCCAGAUUCCUCAGGCAUUUGGGGAUAGAAGCAUUGGAGUACAAUUCUUCAACAAUUGGGAUUUUGUAGAAUGGAGCGGGUUCUGGGAAUGCUACUUACUGAAAUUUGGAGAAGCAUUUGGGAAUGCCUUUGAAUGGUGAAGUAAAUAAGGCUUGAAAAGCCAGAGAAUGUUACUAUACAGAUAAAUAAAGGUUAGGGACCAUGACAGGUGAGGCUUCUGGUUUUUCAGGCCAACACUUCUGUAAUAACCCAGAUAAUGCUGUGUCAAGUAGUCAGUUGGCCGCAGACAGAAAUGCACAUGAUAUCUGUGCACAGACAGGUGAGGAAUUUUCUGCUGAGUUCCUUCGUGAUCGUGUUGCUCCAAGAAGGGCGUCUGCCAUGAUUGAUACAGAUCAGAGACAGCCAAAGGGAUGGUGUAAAGGUUUUAAUGAGAAUCAUCAGAUGGUUUAUGAGCCCCUCAAUGGCAUUCUUGGGCUAAGGAGAGGGGAUUCUGAAUGCAGCUCUGACAUCUUGGAUUUUGUUCCUGGAAAAGGAUAUGCAGCAGAAGUGGAGAAUAGGGUUUAUCUUGAUAAAGCAAGCAGAAUCCACAGGGAAUAUAGUGCCCCCAGACUAGGAUCAGGUCAGCUUUUUGAGGAUUUCAAUUGCGAUCAAGCUGUCCCAGGACAUGCUACUCCAUCCUUUCAUAUACCAGAGUCCCCUCAACCACAUCAUUGUCCAGGGUCAGGAGUUUCAGAUGCUUCUUUCUCUGACAAGAUGAAAUUCCUUUGCAGCUUUGGGGGGAGGAUAUUACCAAGGCCAAAUGAUGGGAAGCUUAGAUAUGUGGGUGGAGAGACAAAGAUUAUAUCCAUCAGGAAAAACCUCUCUUGGGUUGAACUUGUGAAGAAAACUUCUGCUAUUUGCAACCAACUUCAUACAGUCAAGUAUCAGCUCCCAGGUGAGGAUCUUGAUGCACUCAUAUCUGUUUCUUCAGAUGAAGAUCUUCAUCAUAUGAUCGAGGAGUAUCAUGAGCUGGAAAGAAUUGAGGGUUCUCAAAGACUAAGGAUAUUCCUUGUACCGGUGGGUGAACCUGAGAGCCCUAGUUCUUUCGAAACAAGGGCCACACAACAGAAUGAAGCUGAUUAUCAGUAUGUUGUUGCUGUGAAUGGCAUGCUUGACCCAAGUCCACGGAAGAACUCUAGUGGGCAGAGUGUAUCAAGCCAGACAGGAAAUACCUGUGAUUAUAGAGACCCUCCUACUUUUUUUCAUCCUUUGGAGAUGAAGGAUGGAGCUAGUUCCUCAAAUUUGGUGGGGAUGUUCACAAAUCCUGCUGCUCAGUUUUUGACUUCACUCCAGACACCAACCAAGUCAUUUCAGCAAUCUCCUCCUGUAUCUCCAUUGCCAGUUCAGAAUAGAGAUCCUCAGAAUUCUGCAAUGCAUUUCUUCGAGGAUCAUGCAUACCAUGAUGGUCAUGAAAGCGCCAGUCAAUUUGUUACAGAUCAAUGGCCAUGUGACAACGCCUAUUGUGUUGAUUCUCCCAGCUAUUAUCAUAAUAAUCCUUAUGGGCCUGUGCCAUUGAUGAAUUACCAUCAUCAUAACAAACAUUUUUUAGAAACUGACCAAAUAAACAAACUUCCUAGUUUGCAUGUCCAGAACCAUCCCAGUAGAGAUUUUGUUUUUUCUCCUGUACAUGGUCAAAGCGAAGUGGAUUUUGAGAGGCCUGUGCUUAAGGAGAGAGCAUUCCACUCUCAUCCCAAAGAUCCACUGGGUCUUCUGUCAGGAUCAACUAAUGACUUGGUAGGUUCUCAUCACCGGAUGUUGCAUGUGCUUUCUGAUUCACAGUUGCGGGGACAUGAAGGGAGGCCUGAUUACCAUUUGGAGGAAGGAAUUACUCCAUUGUCCCCAUGGACUUUUGAAGUUCAAAAAUCACCUUCGUUGGCUUUGUCUAAUUCUCCGCAAGAAUGGUCUUUUCAACCGCAAGAAAUAAGCAAUGAGAAAUACCAAGAAGCUUAUCAGAAUCAGCCCACUCUCAUAGUGGAUGACCACAAAGGAAAUAAUGGACUGGGUAAAGAUACAUGGAACUGGGAGGAUGAGAUAGAUACUCAGGUAGGUCAGGAAAGGAAACAUGAUAAAGUAAUCACUGACCUUACAUCACAAGAUAAUUCCACACUACCUAAUACAAAGUUGCAAAAUGUUUGUUACAACCCAAAUUCAGUACCCAGUAUUCAUAUUUCCCCACUUGAGUUUCAAGACCAUGGAGACACAACUAUGAAUUCUGCUUCAACACUCAUGAUUCCAGAAAAUUCUGCUGAUAUUGUGAGAGAGCAGCCUCAUGAUUACUCAUUGGGUGCAAGUACACCCAAGUUUCUCGUCAAAAGCCAAAAUGCUACCAAGGAUAUGCAGCAUGCUAUGACUGAGGUAAUAAGUAGUGAAUCAGUUCCCAAUGAAUCUUCUCGACCUCUAUCUGUUGCAAUUCAAGGAACAGGUGACCAAGAAGCAGCAGUCCCAAGCUCUGCAAGUUUAACUCUAUCUGCAGGAAAUAAAUCUGAUCCAAGCUUAAACUUGCAGAAGAAUUACCCACUCAGUACAGAGUCUUCAUUUGAAAAUCCUGACAAGAAUGCUGUUAUGAGUGGAGUAUCUACUCUUAAAGAUGAAGACCCUCUGAAUUUCCCUUAUCAUGAGGUUGAAGGCCCAGAGGGACACUUUUAUGAGAGAUUAAAUCCUGGAGAUGCUAUCUUUGUCCAAUCACAGCCCUCAGAUAAUCAUCAUAACGGGAACACACCAGGUGCUGCAGUUAUUGUUGAAGAUGUAACUGAUAUUUUGCCUCCUGGCAUUCCCUCAUCUUCCCCACUUAUCCCACAAGUAGAAGAUGAAGCGAGUGAUGUAAUUACAUCAUCUGGAGAAGCAGAGGCAGAGAGUGAUAUUCAAGAAUCUGAAGGGGAGGAGGGCAGAGAUCUGGGUGAAUCUAUUAGCGAUGCUGCUAUGGCUGAAAUGGAGGCAAGCAUCUAUGGUUUGCAGAUGAUAAAGAAUGCUGAUCUUGAAGAGCUGAAAGAGUUGGGAUCUGGUACAUUUGGAACUGUUUAUCAUGGAAAGUGGAGGGGAACAGAUGUUGCAAUUAAGAGAAUUAAAAAGAGCUGCUUUGCAGGGAGAUCAUCUGAGCAAGAGCGGUUGACUAAAGACUUCUGGAGAGAGGCUCGGAUCCUAUCAAAUCUUCACCAUCCAAAUGUGGUAGCAUUUUAUGGGGUGGUUCCUGAUGGGCCUGGAGGAACAUUGGCAACUGUAACUGAAUAUAUGGUGAAUGGAUCAUUGAGGCAUGUCCUACUAAGGAAGGAUAGAUCUCUUGAUCGCCGGAAAAGGCUUAUAAUUGCAAUGGAUGCAGCUUUUGGCAUGGAAUACUUGCAUUUGAAAAACAUUGUUCACUUUGAUUUGAAAUGCGACAAUUUGCUCGUCAAUAUGAGGGACACUCAACGGCCAAUAUGCAAGGUUGGAGAUUUUGGAUUAUCGAGAAUUAAACGCAAUACACUUGUAUCGGGUGGUGUUCGAGGAACCCUUCCAUGGAUGGCACCAGAAUUAUUGAAUGGUAGCAGUAACCGGGUUUCAGAGAAGGUUGACGUUUUCUCAUUUGGCGUUGCAAUGUGGGAGAUCCUAACUGGAGAAGAGCCCUAUGCAAACAUGCACUGUGGUGCUAUCAUAGGGGGGAUUGUGAGCAACACACUUAGGCCUCCUAUUCCAGAGCGAUGUGAUCCUGACUGGAGAAAGUUAAUGGAAGAGUGCUGGUCACCAGAUCCGGCAGCUAGGCCAUCAUUCACUGAGAUAACAAACAGGCUGCGGGUUAUGUCCAUGGCAAUCCAGACAAAGCGGCAUAACCAGGCAAACAGAUGAAAUCCAACUUUCCUAGUAAGUUUUGAGAUACCCAGAAAAAAAAGAAAAAGAAAAAAAAAAGGGUUGUGUUCAUCUUGCCGAGUUUGAGCUCCUUGAAUAGCUUUUUAUAGAAGCCAUCAUUGUAGAGUAUCCAACAUUCCUAGAUCAAGAGUCUGAAGACAUUCUAUAAUGUUCAUACCAGUUUUGCCAUCAAAUCUAUUUGUUAUUCUUUUUUCUGAUUGAAGUUGUUCUAGUUUCACAUGACAGAAAUCUGGAUAGGAAUCACCAAGCUUGUAAUCUGCACAAGUGUUUGUAAUUGAUAUUCACUUCUCACUCCACUUUGAUUCCAAUGCCUUUUCCUCGUC